GUCGACACGGCCUUCUUGUUCCUCGAGCUGGGCGUCGGGACUGCAGUCGGCAGCCUCGCUCUCGUCGCAGACUCGUUCCACAUGCUCAACGACGUCAUUAGCCUCGUUGUCGCUCUUCAGGCGCUCAAGCUCGCCGGCAAGAGCUCCGCCUCGUCGCAGCUCUCGUACGGGUGGCAGCGCGCAGAAGUCCUUGGAGCCCUCAUCAACGGCGUCUUCCUCCUCGCCCUGUGCUUCUCGAUCGGCAUGGAGGCCAUCGCCCGCUUCGUCAACUACUCUGAGGUGACCAACCCGCAGCUCAUCACGGUCGUCGGCUGCGCCGGCCUCGUGAGCAACAUCGUCGGCCUCUUCCUGUUCCACGACCACGGCGGGCACUCGCACGGUGGCGGCGGGCACGGACACUCGCACGGCAGCGGCGGCGGCGCAAAGGCGCACGCGCACAGCCACGCGCACGGCGACGUCGAGGCGCACGCGCACUCGUCGGGCGAGCGCUCGCCGCUCUUGCGGCCGGACGACGCGCGCCUCGCGUCGCCCGCCGGGUCGAGCACGGCGGUCGGCGUGCCGUCAGAGGGGAGCGCGGCGUCGGACGACGAGGACGACGAGGCGUUCGCCGAGGACGAGCUGUACUGCCACCCGGGCGAGAUGCGCGCCAACGUGCUCAAGAAGGCGCACAACGCGGGCUACGGCACGAGCGGUGGGGCGGCGCACAACGGGCACGAGGGGCGCGCGCUCGACUCGGGCGACGAGCACGGCGGGCACGGUGGGCAUGCGGGCAGCGACGGCGCGAUGAACAUGCAGGGCGUGUUCCUGCACGUCCUCGGCGAUGCGCUCGGCAACGUCGGCGUCAUCGCGGCCGGCCUCUUCAUCUGGCUCACCGACUACUCGUGGCGCAUGUACACCGACCCGGGCAUCUCGCUCGUCAUCACCAUCAUCAUCUUCUCGAGCGCGCUUCCUCUCGUCAAGUCGGCAUCGUUCAUCCUCUUGCAGGGCGUCCCGUCCUCGGUCCCUCUCGAGCGCCUUCGGUCGAGCAUCUCGAGCGUGCCGGGCGUCAUCAACGUUCACGACCUGCACGUGUGGUCGCUGUCCGAGUCCAAGAUUGUCGCGUCGGUGCACAUCAUGGUCAAGUCGUCGGACCUGGUCAACGUCUCGCGCGAGAUCAAGCAGCGGUUCCACCGGUUCGGGAUCCACAGCAGCACGAUCCAGCCGGAGAUUGUC